AAAGAACAUUCAUAAUUUUUUAAUGCAAUGCUUUUGUUUCUUUAUUGAUUACUAUCAUUCAAAAUUGAUGUUUGAUAAUAUUUUUCUGUAUCUGUAUCAUAGAUUGAUUUAAUGAAUGUCAACAAAUAACAAAUUUACUACAUAAUUUGCAUUUCUUUAUAGUAUAUUGUGUUAAAAAAAAUUUCAAAAGAAAUUUUAAUUUUAUGAUGUGCGAUUAUUGCUCUUGGAUCGAUCAGAUUUUGGCGAGGAUCAGCACCGAGGUCAAAUCGGAGAAAAAGAAACCACGCGUGCAUGUGGAUCCAGUUAUAGUAGUACACGGAGGCGCGGGCAAAAUUCCACGGAAGAAACGCGAUCGAAUGCUUUUUGAGGUUAAAAAUGCAGCAGUCGAAGCCUACAGUGAUCUUAUCAACGGUCGAUCAGCAGUGCACGCAGUCGAAAGAGCAAUUUCUUACAUGGAGAGCAAACCGUAUUUCAAUUGCGCGAAAGGAGGUUCUUUAGACGUUAACGACGAAGUAGUUACGGACGCCGGUCUCGUUACGAUAAACGACGCUGGAUUUGUGGGUGCUGUUCGCGACAUAGAACAUCCCAUCGCCCUAGCGAGGAAAGUUUUGGAAAACACGGAGCACAUUCUGAUCGUCGAAAACGGAGCUCAGAAGUUCGCCUUGGACAACGGAAUACCAAUUUUACCGCCUGGUACUUUAAACGAGUACGAAUCCGUGUCGUCGCAUUAUUUAGGCGAGGAAGGCUUCGAAUACUGUACCGAUCGUAAGAGUUUAACGAACGUAAAGGACUGUAAUGAAAACGAACAAACGAAAGAAUGCGAUUCUGAUUGCGUCCUAAUAAGAUCCGACGAUGGAGAAGAAGCUAAUCCUUACUGCGCGUUAUCUAUCGACUCCGACGAUUUGCUGAACGAACCGACUGGUUUACAGGUUAGCGCAGUUGGUGUAGUCGCAUACGAUAGAAAAAGACGACUCGCAAGCGGUACAUCGACAGCGGGAGAUCUCGGAAAGCCUAUCGGUUCAGUGAGCGCGAUCGGUACGGUGCUUGGCUGCGGCGUCUACGCGGAUGAACACGGCUGCGUUUCCGUUUCAGGAAACGAUAAAAACAUUUAUUCCUAUGCCCCCGCGCGAAAAAUAAUCGAAAGAUUGCCUCGAGACGCAUCGAUCGAUUAUUCCGUGAGCGCGGAACUAGAAAACUUCGAAGCAGAAACUGGAGAAUCGGAUAUAGGGGCCAUUGCGUUGAACGCGAAGGGCGAGCCUUACGUUUCGUUUAAAUGCAUGCAUUUCCCUUGGGCUUUCUGCCGUCAAGGUUACGUUUACUACGGAGCAGCGCAAAAUGAAAAAUACUGGGAAAAAGUAACCAUCCUCGAGCGGCCUUUAGACUGCAUGUGCAACACCUCCGACGAGGAUUGAAACUGUUUUUGUAAUUUUCUAUAUAUAUCAAUUUGUAACAUUGUGAUUUUUUACUUUUGAGAAUAAUAUUUGUAUUUGUGAAUACGAUGUUUCCUUUUACUGAUUCGAAUCAAUGUUUAAGUAUUAGUUCGUAGAUAUAAAUUUCUCAUUUAACUAAUAUUCGAUGGAGAGCUAAGAUUAAUAUUUUGUCCACUGUUGAUGAUUUAUAUUUU